AUGCUCCUUCUCGAAAUUGGUAGGGUCGUCCCAGAGGUUGCGGUUGAAGUGGAGAUUCUCCUCCAGCGACAUCCCGCAGCCCUUCAAGAACAGCCAAAACUGGCGGCGGGCGUUGUACUUUAUAUGCCGGCUGCGAAUGUAAUGGGUGAAAAUGCGGCGCAUGCAGGGCGGGAAUGUCAGCGCGAACACGCUAUUGAUGUUGGCAAGACUCAAGCUCUCGCUGCCGUCCGACUUGAAGGAGCCGCGAGAAUGGUCGACGGCCAGAUACGACUCGGGGAGGACGCGCAUAAAUCCGGACAGGCGUUCGUCCACAAAUGGCAGAGCAGACUCCAAGCUGCCGGACUCGUCGAGUGA